AUGAAUGCCAUUCUCGUUCUUUUUUUGCUAUUCAAAGUAACAGUAUCUAUACCUGAUCCUGAUGGCAAGUUGCAUAUAUAUGCACUGCCAGUUGGACAAGGAGACUGCACUGUGAUACAGUGUCCUGAAGCUGAUCCUGAGUAUCCAAAAGGACGGGUCACUAUUAUUGAUGCUGGAGCCAGUAACAAUAGAGGUAUUGACGCAGAAGUUGGAAUAAAAGAGCAUGAAAUUUUAAAAAUUGAAAAAGAAAACGUAACAAUUGAAGACAAAAAGUUAGCAUUAUACUUAAAAUGGUUGUCAGUCAAUCCUAAAGCAACAUGGAGAGAUGUCAUUGAUGCACUGACUAGUAGAAAUCAGAAUAAGCUAGCUCAAGAUAUUAAAGAACAUAUAGACAUUGAUUCUCUUUCUACAUUGUCAUCGUUAUCACCUAAGACAUCAUAUUCUGAUGGUGAUACUGAAAUAAUAUUUUUCCCAAAAGAAGAUCAAACAGUUCAAGAUUCUUUAGAUGAUUUGCAAAUAAAUUUUUCUCACAUCAUGAAAGAAGUAAAAUUAGCAUUUCGUGGAAAAACAGUCCAAAAUUCUCGACAAUCCAUUGAAAUAUCUAAUUGGGUAGAAUCUUACCUUCACUGGGAAUAUGGUACAAUAGAUAAUGAUUUAGAUGAUAUUUUCAAGAAGAUUCACCAUAAUUAUGAUUUCAUUGACUGUAGUCUGAUAGUUGCUAUGUGUAAUGAGUUUAUAAGUGAUGAAAGAGAUCUACUUGAUGAACUGAAGGCUUAUUCAUUAAAAGCUAAUGCAUUUCGUUCAUCAAGACCAAUCACUGAACUCAAACAAAAGCUACGUAAAGUGUAUGGACCUUUUAGACGACAGUUAGAGAAUAUGCCAUUGAUCUGUAUUGAACUACAAAAUCCUUGGAAUGAUGUUAAAAUUAACGGACUUUAUAUUUUGAUUAAAAAAUUAUUACCAAUAGAACUUAGACAGUCAAUAAUGAAAUGCAUCACUAUUGAGUCAGGAUCUGUUGUCAUCAAGUUACAUAUUCUUGACUUUACAGCUGAUACUAAUGCUAAUCCCCACCUGAAAACAUCAAUAGGAUCAAAUGCUGUAAUGAUUGCUAGUUAUGAUGGUAGCUAUAAAGCUGUUGAUCUAUUGAUUAGUAAAGGAGUUGAUUAUAAGUAUCAACGAGAAGAUGGAGCAAAUGCUUUAAUGGUGGCUUGCCAAAAUGGCUACACUCAAAUAGUUGAAUUGUUGCUGAACAAGCAAGUUGAUCCUAACGUUCAAGAAAAAGAUGGAGUGAAUGCUUUUAUAAAUGAUAAAGCAAAUGCUUUUACAUUGGCAUGUCAAAAUGGCCGUACUAAAGUAGUUGAACUGUUGUUGAAGAAUCAAGUUAAUCCAAACGUAGAUGGUUGGAAUACUUUUAUGUUGGCUUGUAAAAAUGGUCACACUGAAAUAGCUGAACUGUUGCUGAAGGAACAUGUUGAUCCUAAUGUUCAAGAGAAAAAUGGAGUAAAUGCCUUUAUGUUGGCUAGUGCAACUGGGCAUACUCAAAUAAUUGAAUUGUUGCUAAGGGAACAAGUUGAUCCUAAUAUUCAAGAGAAAAAUGGAGAACGAGUUAAUCCCAAUGUUCAAGCAAGCGAUGGAGUAAAUGCUUUUAUGUUGGCAUGCCAAAAUGGCCACACUCAAAUAGUAGAACUGUUGCUGAAGGAACAAGUUGAUCCUAAUGUUCAAAACAAACAAGGUCAUACUGAUUUGAUAGCUGCUAGUUGUAAAGGACAUAGUUAA